CGCGCCACCCAGAAACUCGAUUUGCUUCGCCUGUAUGCAGUCUUCUAGUAUUAGUCAUUGCUCAAGUUUUUUGAAAUAAAUUCCCGAAGGCUUAGAGACAUUCUUAGGAUUGCAGAUUAUUGCUAACUGGUAGCUCGCUUAUUUGGGGGACACCUACUUCAAUAGACUGGUCUUAGGAUAUGAACCCUCCGCACUUCAAUCAGAACGACUGACAAUGUGAAUACGACGUUUCCCCGUGCCAUCACUUCAGUCGACAGGAUUGUUACUCCGCCCGCUUCCUUACCACCGUAGACCAGAUCGUCCUUUAAUAUAAAAGAUCGCAUAAAGUUUUUCCUAUAUUCUUGAUACUGGAGACUCUGGAAUAUCCUUAAUAUAUUACUUAUCGUUUCCGAUGCUUGUAAAGUAUUUGUCGUGGGUGUUAAGUUGCUUCUCCGGACCGCUCCUUAUUACUUCUAGGCUCUCCCAUGCGUCCAAUGUAUGAGCUUUAUUUACAUGUCGCAUGGGUUCAAACUGUCUGCUGUUACUGAAUGCCCCUCUUGGAUAAUAUGCAUGGUCACUGCUGAUCUUAGACGAGAAGCCAACACGCCUCGUCUUUCACCGUAUCCUGUUUCUUUGAUGGUGUUCUUGAAAUCUCGUAGUGAUGAGCCGCUUGGUCUGUCCUAUGUAGACUUUGUCGCAGUCCCUGUAAUUUGUUUUAUAUAUACCGCUUUUUUCCUCCUGUUAUAAUGACUCCUUUUCGCUACCUAGUCGUCUUUUAAUCGUGAAGCCUCUGCUGGUAUCGACCAUUAUUAUUGUCAAUUUUGUCUCAUCAGUCGUUCUUAGUUGGUCGAAAUAUGUUGUAUGUUAGCUCCUCCAUAUUCGUUCUUGUUUCCACCUAAUUAGUUUUUCAAUCGUGCUCUUCCUGCCUUGGUUAGCGGAUAUCUGCAGAGCCUGUGUACCAUGAAAUUAUACGCGGCCAUUUUCUGUGCGGUGGUAUGUGCUGGGUUGGUGUUGGUUUCCUAUAAAUUUCAAAUACGAAUUUGCCUUUGUUAUUUAUGAUACGCACCUUCAAGAAUGGUAGGGAAAAAGGCGGCAUAUAUAAAAGAAAUUGUAGCAACUGCGACAAAGUCUACAUAGGACAAACCAAGCGGCUGAUCAACACGAGACUUCAAGAAUACGUCAAAGAAGUGGGGGAAACCUAAGAACUCAUGCCAGAGAGCACUGGGGAGCCAGGGAAAAGCCAAAUGAUAAACUUGUCGCCCAGCAAACAAACCAAAUAUACAACACAAUAUUACAACGCGAAAGUCAAUCGCAAAACUGACGAAAUUAUUCAGGACAAAUGUUGCAUUUGUAAAGUCCCACUUAUAGAGCCAUACAUUUGCUGUGCCGAAUGUUCAAGUCUGGUUUGCUUAACGUGCUUUGCAAAAGGAGCUGAAACCCAAUAUCAUAAGAAUACACACUCCUACAUAAUACGCCAUGACAACGUGCAAGUUUUCCCCACUACGACCUGGAGAGCGUCCGAGGAAAAGUUACUUUUAAACUUGAUUUCCACUUGCGGGCAUGGAAACUGGGAAGACAUAGCGAAAGGAAUGCGAACUAGAAGUGCUCGGGAAUGCGAAGAGCACUACCACAGUUGCUAUUUUGAUGGAUUGUUCAAUAAAGUACUCGGGCUGACCAAUGAAGGGUACAUUCCCCAACGGGUACCUUAUCUGUUCAAAAUGAAAAGUGUCGAUCCGCCUCGGCACGAUAUUGACGCCUUGAAUUUUAAAAAUAUGGCUGGAUAUAGGUGCGCCCGGGGUGAUUUCGACACACCAUUUGACAAUUCAGCUGAAAGCAUCAUAAGCCAUUUAGAUGUAAGAGACUGGCCCAUAAAUAUGAAAGAUAUGGGGGACAAAUUACAUGUUGCUAUAUUCAAUGCAUACAAUCAUAGACUGGCAGAACGAAACCGACGCCAUCAAAUAAUGAAAGAACACGGCUUAUUAGUUGCUAGCAAAACAUUAGGAUGGCUCUCAAAAUAUUCAGAAGCACUGGGUCAAUCACCAACGCCUGGCAAAUUUGCGGUUACGGGACGCCUUAUUGCCUUCAUGCAACUGAUGUCUGCCGUAGAAUUCGAUCAUUUAGUAAUCUCAUUGCAACAUUUCCAUGAUUUGAAGAAAUACCUAUUCAAACUAUAUGACCUCAGAUCCAAUGGAAUCCAAACUUUCAAUGGGGGGCGUAUAUAUCAGAAGCUAAGAAAUAGGCGUCUCUCAAAAGUUAGAAACAAAAAGCUCGAACAAUAUGAGAAACUCUUCGAUUGGCGCAAUCUAGUCCCGAGUUAUUCCCAGUCAAGUACCAUUGUAGGUUUUCCCGCUAAUAUUAUUGGGAAUGCCCACCCGCGCAGAAAGGCAGCUCCGUUAGAAAUUUUAGGUUUACCUGGUUAUGACAAAUUAACCGAGGAUGAGAAGAACCUUUGCAGCCAAGCUCGACUAAUACCAACAUCUUAUGUGGAAUAUAAAAACACUCUAAUGGCGGAGAACUCAAAGUUCGGCUAUCUAAGAUUGGCUGAUGCUCGACGAUUGAUAAAAAUAGACGUGAAUAAGACUCGGCAAAUUUAUGAUUUCUUACUAACGCACGGAUUUAUUAAUAAACCAUUUCAAAGCUAACGGUCCCAAUGUUUUAUUUUAUAAAUAUAAUUCAAGAAGCGGUCAAAUUGUAACUGUAACCGUUUGUUUUCUUAUAUGUGAUAGAGAAUUCCAUGAACUUCCUUUGCAUUUUGCAUUACGCACAAGCUAAUGUGCUUCCCUCAGGGUUCUUCCUCUUUGUCCAGCGCAGUGAAUUGUUGACAAUAGAUUAAGUAAUAUUAAUC